AUGGAGAUGGUAGAAAUCGGUCGGGGGCGAAGAUUUCGGAAGAGGAGUAGCGACAACGAGAGGAAGAAGGCUAAUUUGCUCAAUUUUUAUUUUCUUUUUGUUCUAGGGUUUCAGAAAGUGUGGGUCGAGGUUGUCGAGCCAGAGCAGCGCAGAAGAGGCAAUCAACGAGAGGGGUUUCUUUCGGAAUGUAAACUAAAAUGGUUUAAGUAUUUCAAGAAUUUCUGUGUGGUGUUUCUAGGUUUAUUUGUUUCUAUAUCGUCCUUUCAAUUCUACCAUGCUCCCGUUGUUUGUCUAUGGAGUUGCUUCGGCUAUGAAAACAAGCAUCGUUCUCAGCACAUUCAAGCACUUGAAGUGCCUGUUCGUGUACUGUUGUUGCAUAACCUGCUGCAGUCCGAGAAUAUUGUUCGAGGAAAAGGUUCAAUAAAGGACCCUGACAAAGAAGAGAAGUUACGUGGACGUCCAGACUAUGAAACGUGCGAACAGGAUAUCGUGGUUGAUACGUGA